CACACUGUAAAAAAUUACUCAGAAAAAAGGGGUAAAAAACAGAAGUGACUUGGAAACAGCAUAUUUGUAAUAGCUGUCUAAUUCAAUGAACACCAACAUGAGUAUGAUAUUAUAGUUACUAGGAACAUUAACAAGUGCAACGACCAAAUGUCAUCAGGAAGCAGAUGCUGGUGCAGUAUUAUAUUUGUCCUUGUCUGUACAGCGUCGAUGUAGAACGGAUGUCUAGCCCUGAAACAUCAACCACUAAGAGCCAAAAUGGAUUUUUCCAGAACACUGUUCUACGUGGCAGGAAUUAUUGCUACACUCUGCAGUUGCAGUAUUGCAGGUCCUUCACCUUGUGAGCAGCUGGUGGGAAAAACUACAGAACGAGGAGAUUAUCCUCCAUCACCCACUUUUACUGUGAUUCCAUUACAACCUUCAUAUGACAAAGGACAGGAAAUCACUAUGAUAUGCGCCCCUCCAAAUAACACCAAUGCUAAAGGAAUUCGUUAUUACAGGAAUUUUACUGAAAUACAAUGCGAUAAACAGAUGGAAAAACUGACCCAUUGCCACAUUGUCAUAUCAAAGAAAGAGAAUGAAGGUGUUUAUAAUUGUGGCUACUGGGUGAUAAUUAAUGGAACUGAGAGGCUGUCAUAUGGCAGUGACGUAGUGAAUAUCAUGAUAGGAGCAGAUACCACAACAUCUUGGAUUUAUUACACAGCAGGUGGCAUUGUGGUUUUCGCUGUAUGCUUCAUAUCAUGCCUAUUGUACAAGAGAUCUCAGAAAAGGAAAAGUUCACAAAAAGUCUUAGGAACCCAUGUGAUAUACCGUAAUCCAGGAGACGGUAAAUGCAAAGAGCCAGUGAAGAAUUUUCCUUUACCAGUGGGACAAAGUCAUCUAAACAAUCCUCUAUAUUCAGUAAUCUGCCAAAUUCCGACACUAGAAAAUAAGCAACUUUUAUCAGGUGACGAAAACACCAAGAUGACAACUGCUUUAAAAGGCUCUGCGCUCGAAAGUUUCAAGAAGUCUACGGCAUCAGCUGAAGAUUUUUCCCAAGCUCGAGAAGAAUCUUAUAUCUAUUCUGAAAUUGGAACAGAAAUAUCCCCAAACAAUUAUCAACAUCCAAGCACAAACGCAAAGAGUUUUUCACUUGAAGAGAAUGUCACGAUUUAUUACACUGUACAGGUCCCUCCUCUUCCAAGAGUAGGCUGAAGGAACAGCCAAAUUCUUAAGCACAUACAAUUCUUAAAGGGGACCCAAGCCUUUGUUAAAAACACAAAGGUGCAGAAGUGCUGCUCAGAGCACUGUGUACCCUCAGCUUUCUUUGGCUAUGCUCGGCUUUUCUAGGUUGUUGAGCAUGGAUCCACAGAAAGGUUUAGGCAACCCAGGUAAUGGUGGGUGAUUUGUAAAAAAAAUCUCAAUCUUUUUAAUUUAAGGACAAUUUUAAGCUCGACUUUGAUUUUUCUGGCAAAAACAUUUUUAUUUGUAUGCUGAUGUAUCUAUAUUUUUUGCAGUAGAAAUUCCAUUUUUAGUGACAUCAUUUUGGGAUAUAUAACUUACUGACUAACUUUUUUGAUGCAGUUAAUGGAAGCAAAGCUAUUUCAGUAUAGUUUUUUUUUUUUUACUUUAAAUUUAGAUUGUGCAUAGUGCAGUAUAACUAGCAUGUUAGUUUUAUUCUAUGGGUCAGUAUGAUUACGAUGAUACCAAAAAUGGAUAGUGUUUCGUUUUUUUACUACUUUGGCACAGUAAUCAUAGAAACAUAAAAUGUGUCGGCAGAUAAGAACCAUUUGGCCCAUCUAGUAUGCCCAAUAUACUAAAUACUAUGGAUAGCCCCUGGCCCUAACUUAUAUGAAGGAUGGCCUUAUGCCUAUCCCAUGCAUGCUUA